AUGUUGAGUCUUUCCACCAUAGUUACUGCCCAAGAUGAUUAUGUGGUUGCCGAUAGAAAUAAGCCCCAAAAUCCCGAACUUGUAGAUUUUGGACUUUCAGGAUUUGUGAUUAAGAAGAGAGAUACAAAGGGUCGACUUUACAAAAGAGGACAAAGCUCGGGUAAAGGUACUUUUUUCUCGCCCAACCGAGGUUCAUGUGGAUGGAAAAAUAGCAAGAAUGAUUUGGUUGUAGCUGUCAAUGAAAAGGAUAUGGGAAAUAAGAAAAAGGGUGGUAGAAAUGUCAAUUGUGGUCGUUUGGUAGAAAUCGUCAAUGAUGCUGGUAAAAAAGUGAGAGCCAAGGUGGUUGAUACCUGUCCUGGAUGUGGUAAGGGUGACUUGGACUUGAGUCCUGCAGCCUUUAUCAAGUUAGCUCCAUUUUCAAAAGGUGUUGUUAAAAUUCAGUGGAAGUAUGUAAACUAG